UGGUCAAUGCUACUACUCUAAGAUAUAUGUAACUGAAAGUGUUUUAUAUAUCUAGAUCUACUUCAUUUUUCCAUGUAAAAUAGGAAGCUCUGAAGAUGAAUAUGAAAGUGAAGCCACAGUCAUCUUCAAUAUUUGCUUAUGGUUACUGUCUCUUGUUAUUCUUCCUAGUAUCGUUUGACAUCUCAAACGCCCAAACUGCAACCACAGACCCUUCUUAAGUGAGAGCAUUGAACUCAAUAUUCCAACAAUGGGAUGCACAAGCAGUGGCAUUGUGGAACAUAAGUGGAGAUCCAUGUAGCGGAACUGCCGUAAAUGAAACUGAUUUGGAGGACCGAAUGAAUAACCCAUCUAUCAAAUGCGACUGUACCUACAGCAAUGGCACUGUCUGCCAUAUUACACGAAUGAGAGUGUAUGCCUUGAACAAACGAGGAGUGAUUCCAGAAGAACUUGUGGCUUUGAAAUUUCUUACCUUCUUGAAGAUUGAUCAAAAUUUCUUCACGGGCCCCUUGCCAACCUUUAUUGGAAAUUUAUCUGCAUUGACGUUAUUGUCAAUUGCCCACAAUUUGUUUUCUGGGACCAUCCCAAAGGAGCUUGGAAACCUGAAGGAGCUAACUGUGCUGUCUUUUGGUUCAAAUAAUUUCUCAGGAACACUUCCUCCAGAACUGGGUAAUUUGGUCAAUCUUGAGCAAAUUUACAUUAACAGUUGUGGAUUGCGUGGUGAAAUCCCUUCAACAUUUGCAAACCUUCAAAACAUGCAAACCAUGUGGGCAUCAGACAGUCCUUUCACUGGAAGGAUACCAGACUUCAUUGGAAACUGGACAAAGCUAACAUCUCUGAGAUUUCAAGGAAACUCUUUUGAUGGUCCAAUACCAUCCAGUUUUUCUAACUUGACCUCAUUGCAAAGUUUGCGAAUCAGUGAUAUAUACAAUGUGAGCUCCUCCCUUGACUUUAUUAAAAAUUUGAUGUCGUUGACUGACUUAGUUCUAAGAAAUGCAUUGAUUACUGGAAAUAUUCCAUCUGAUAUUGGAGAAUACAAAAUUUUACAAACACUGGAUUUGAGUUUCAACAACUUAACAGGUGAAAUACCAAGUGGUUUGUUCAGUAUAAGUUCUCUCAAAUCCUUAUUUCUUGGAAACAAUAGUCUCUCUGGUACACUUCCUAGCCUAAAGAGUGAAGAACUUCUGAAUGUAGAUUUGUCCUACAAUCAUCUGUCUGGAGGAUUUCCCUCAUGGGUAACUGCAUCCUCAAACUUACAACUGAAUUUGGUGGCAAACAACUUCGUAUUUGACAAAUCAAACAUAAGUGUUAUGCCAAGACUGAAUUGCCUCCAGAGAAAUUUCCCAUGCAAUAGGAACUCUCCAGUUUAUGCAAACUUUUCAAUCAAGUGUGGUGGUCCAGAGAUGCCUGCUGAGGGUAUAGUGUACGAGGCUGAAAACUCAUCGUCCUUUGGUGCAGCAUGGUAUUAUGUAACUAAUACACAAAAAUGGGCAGUCAGCAAUGUGGGGUUGUUUGCAGAGAGAAAUAAUCAAAGUUAUGUUGAAAACACUUUGGCACAAGUCAUUGCAACUAGCACCCCAGAACUUUACCAAACUUCAAGGAUGUCCCCAGGAUCACUUAGAUACUAUGGCCUAGGUCUUGAUAAUGGUCUUUAUAAUGUCAGCUUGUUUUUUGCGGAAACUGGUUUUGAUGAUCGACGCUCUCAAACUUGGAAGAGUCUAGGGAGGCGUGUAUUUGAUAUCUACAUUCAGGGUAGUCUAGAAUUGAAGGACUUUGACAUAUCAAAGGAGGCGGGUGGCGUUGAGAGAGCACUCCAGAAGAUUUUUAAGGCUAAUGUGUCAGAGAAUUAUCUUGAAAUUCAUCUAUUUUGGGCUGGUAAGGGCACUUGUUGCAUACCUGUACAAGGUUAUUAUGGGCCACUAAUUUCAGCCAUUCAUGUUGUUUCAGAUUUUGAAUCUAAUGUUACUGGAAUUCCACCAAGCAAUCGAGGAAAGAAAAGCAGGUUAGGUUUGAUUGUAGGAAUUGCAGUCCCUGUUGGAGUCGUGAGCUUGAUUUUCAUAUUUGCAGUUUUCUACAUGAAGAGAAAACCACAGCACAAUAAUGAGGACGAGCUUCUUGGAAUAGGCCCCCGACCAAACACUUUCAGUUAUGCUGAGCUGAGAAGUGCGACCGAUGACUUCGACCCUUCAAAAAAGUUAGGGGAGGGAGGAUUUGGACCUGUUUUCAAGGGCACACUAUCUGAUGGGAGGAUUGUAGCUGUGAAGCAAUUAUCGGUUGCAUCUCACCAAGGGAAGAGUCAAUUUGUAACUGAAAUUUCUACCAUAUCUGCUGUGCAACAUCGUAACCUUGUGAAACUAUAUGGAUGCUGCAUUGAGGGAGAUAGGCGCCUUCUUGUUUAUGAAUAUCUUGAAAAUGGAAGCCUAGAUCAGGCACUAUUUGGAAAAAGUAAGUUGCAUCUUGAUUGGCCUACUCGCUUUAGUGUUUGCUUGGGAACUGCAAGAGGACUUGCUUAUCUCCAUGAAGAGUCAAGGCCAAGGAUUGUACAUCGAGAUGUGAAGGCUAGCAAUAUUUUGAUUGAUGGAGUGCUAUGCCCAAAAAUAUCAGAUUUUGGAUUGGCAAAGCUUUAUGAUGACACUAAAACCCACAUUAGCACCCGAGUUGCAGGGACCAUAGGCUAUUUGGCACCGGAAUAUGCGAUGCGUGGGCACCUGACUGAGAAGGCUGAUGUUUUCGGUUUUGGUGUUGUUGCUUUGGAGAUCCUAAGUGGGAGACCAAACUCAGACAACAGCUUGGACACUGAAAAAAUUUAUCUCCUUGAAUGGGCAUGGACUUUACAUGAAAUUAAUCAGAGUUUAAGGCUGGUAGAUCCCACAUUAUCAGAAUUUGAUGAAAAUGAAGCUACUCGAGUGAUAGCAGUGUCUUUGAUGUGCACACAGGCAUCACCAAACAUGCGGCCACCAAUGUCCCGUGUUGUGGCCAUGCUUGCAGGAGAUAUUGAGGUAGGCAUUGUUACAUCAAAGCCGAGUUAUUUAACUGAUUGGAAUUUCAAAGAUAUAACAAGCAGCUUUUUGAGUGAAGAAGAUAGAAAGCAUCAUGGGGAUAACACUGAUCUUAGCGAACUCAGUAAUCCAUUGCCUUCUCCUGUAAAUGUUACUGAAACCAUGAUUGGUGGCAUAAUUGGAGAUGGAAGGUGAAAACAUUUGUCUUUGUUGUAGUCACUCUGUAACAUUGCCUUUGCUAUGUAAGGCACUUCAAAUUCAAAACUCUCUAUGCUUGACUGGCUUUCACCUUUUGCAAAUGAUAAUAUGUGAUGUCAUGUGUGUAAAUAUUGAGAUAUUUGUCUUGUCUUGUAUCAUAAUUUUGACAAACAACAAAAAUAUUCUUCUUUAGGAAGUUAUAGGCUUAUAGCUGCAUAA